GCAGUCCUCGUACUCGCGGGCGCGGCGCACUGCAGCUCUGCUCGGCUCGGCCCCGCUCGGUGUCGCUGGGCGGCUCUGCUCCCUCCGCUCGCCAUGGUCCGGGUGCUGCGCGGCCUCCCGUGGCGCGGCCUUUGGCUGCUCCUGGCCCAUCAGCUCUUCCUAGUCACCGCCUGCCAGGACGCCCACUAUGGGACCCUAAUGCAGGAGCUGUGCCUCUCCCGCUUCCAGAAGGACAUGGAGGCCAUGGAGAGGACGCUGUGGUGCGACUGGGGCAAGACCAUCGGGAGCUAUGGGGAGCUCACCGACUGCACCCGGAACCUGGCCGAGCGGCUGGGCUGCUUCUGGCCCAAUGUGGAGGUGGACAGGUUCUUCGUGGCCGUGCACCGGCACUACUUCCGCAGCUGCCCUGCCUCUGGCCGUGCACUGGGGGACCCACCCAGCACCAUCCUCUGCCCCUUCGUCGUGCUCCCCAUCACGGUGACCCUGCUGGUGACGGCGCUGGUGGUGUGGAGGAGCAAGCGCGCCGAGAGCAUCGUGUAGCCAGGAGGAUGGGCGUGGGCCUGCCCAGCCGCCCCAGGUGACGUCCACUGGCCACCCUGGCUCAGAACCCCAUCCUGUCCCUGUGUGCUGCUGCCCACCACUGUGCUCCGCGCCCCAGCCCAGACCUCAUACCCCGUAGACGUGUUUGUGGAUGAGUAGUCGUGAUUAAAAAGCUGCUCUCAAACC